AUGGAAAACACUAGCGCGGAACAAAUCAAAGCCGAGACGAAGACAGAAGUGCAACAACAAAUCGUAGCCGCAUCUCGACCCCUGAUUCCACCAUGCGGUGGUACAAGGCCCGACGUUUGGUUCGCUAUAGUCGAAGCAAACUUUAACCUGGCAAAUCCAAAAAUCAUAAGGGAAGAAACGAAAUAUUCCUACGUCCUUUCCGCUUUAACACCCGACCUGGCAAACGAACUGGCUGACGUCAUGAUCGACCCACACCCCACGGAGCCUUAUACAAAAUUAAAGGCAGCCAUCUUGAAGCGCACAUGCCUCUCGGAAACGCAGAAGAUCAAGCAACUGCUGUCGGGACAAGAAUUGGGCAACAAAAAGCCGACACAACUCCUACGGCAGAUGAGAUCGUUGGUCGCCAACACGACAUAUGUAAAUGAGCAAUAA